GAGCGGGGCCAAGGUCCAGCAGAGCCGAGGCGCCCGCCGAGAGGUCGCUGCUGCCGCGUCCCCCUCGCCCUUCGGUGUCCGGUGCCAGACUGGCUCAGAGUAGCUGUUUCCCCCACCUCUGGCAGCUACGUUCUCCUGUCUAGAUAAAGGGUCUCUGGGUGCCUUUGUAACUCUGGGUCAGACCAUGAGCUACCCAGGCUACCCCCCACCCCCUGGUGGCUACCCUCCUCCUGCACCAGGUGGUGGUGCCUGGGGGGGUGCUGCCUACCCCCCAGCUGGUGGGCCCCCUAUCGGGCUGGAUAACGUGGCCAACUACGCAGGGCAGUACAACCAAGACUACCUCUCAGGAAUGGCGGCCAACAUGUCGGGGACAUUUGGAGGAGCCAACCUGUAUCCCGGAGCCCCUGGGGGUGGUUACCCUCCAGUCCCCCCUGGUGGCUUUGGGCAGCCCCCUCCUUCCCAGCAGCCUAUUCCUCCGUUUGGAAUGUACCCACCCCCUGGGGGAAACCUACCCUCUGGGAUGCCCUCCUAUCCACCCUACCCAGGGGCACCAGUGCCACCCCCUGGGCAGCCACCAAUGACUUACCCUGGGCAGCCGCCAGUGCCACCCCCAGGGCAGCAACCAGUGCCACCUCCGGGUCAGCAGCCGAUGCCAAGCUAUCCAGGAUACUCAGGGUCCGGGACCGUCACCCCCGCCGUUCCCCCAGCCACGUUUGGAAACCGAGGUACCAUCACGGACGCUUCUGGCUUUGACCCCUUGCGAGAUGCUGAGGUCCUGCGGAAGGCCAUGAAGGGCUUUGGGACGAACGAACAGGCCAUCAUCGACUGCCUGGGGAGCCGCUCCAACAAGCAGCGGCAGCAGAUCAGCCUGUCCUUCAAGACAGCCUAUGGCAAGGAUUUGAUCAAAGACCUGAAAUCCGAGCUGUCAGGGAACUUUGAGAAGGCCAUCCUGGCCCUGAUGAAGACCCCAGUCCUGUUCGACGUGUCUGAGAUAAAGGAGGCCAUUAAGGGCGCUGGCACAGAUGAAGCCUGCCUCAUCGAGAUCCUGGCUUCCCGCAGCAACGAGCACAUCCGGGAGCUGAGCCGGGCCUACAAAGCAGAGCACAAAAAGACCCUGGAGGAGGCCAUUCGCAGCGACACGUCAGGGCACUUCCAGCGGCUCCUCAUCUCUCUCUCUCAGGGAAACCGAGACGAAAGCACAAAUGUGGACAUGUCCCUCGUCCAGAGAGACGUCCAGGAGCUGUAUGCGGCCGGGGAGAACCGCCUGGGAACAGAUGAGUCCAAGUUCAAUGCCAUUCUGUGCUCACGCAGCCGGGCCCACCUGGUGGCAGUUUUCAAUGAGUAUCAGAGGAUGACAGGUCGGGACAUCGAGAAGAGCAUCUGCCGGGAGAUGUCGGGGGACCUGGAGCAGGGCAUGCUGGCCGUGGUAAAAUGUCUCAAGAACACCCCAGCCUUCUUUGCUGAGAGGCUCAACAGGGCCAUGCGGGGAGCAGGAACGAAGGACCGGACCCUGAUUCGCAUCCUGGUGUCCCGCAGCGAGGUUGACCUUCUGGACAUCAGAGCAGAGUACAAGCGGAUGUAUGGCAAGUCGCUGUACCACGACAUCACGGGAGACACUUCUGGGGACUACCGCAAGAUCCUGCUGAAGAUCUGUGGGGGCAACGACUGAGCUGUGCCUGGUGGCUCACUUCCACCCCCUGCUGGCAUCGGAAUGCCAAGAUGCUGCCAAAUGAUGUCUGCUUCUCACAAAUCAGCCAGUAGCCCCAAGGUGCACGUCUGUCCCUAGAGCCCUGCCCUUCCUGGCCUAGGCACCCUGAUUACAGGCCUGGUUGUGGCCAUGGCUCUCUUGAGCCUUCUCCUCCCACCCACUGUAGCCUCAGGCUGUUAGAGUAGAUAUUUUAUUUCCUGACUUGGGCAAUCAUUCCUCGUUUUCUUGUGGCUGAGAUCCUCAGCAUCAUUUUAGUUGUGUACUUUUAUAUUCUUUCUCGGAGGCAUUUUUUUUUUUUAACUGUCAUUGCCCAGCUGAUGCACAUUAGUCUGUGUACAAAUUUCUGGUAAGAGCCAUGAACCUCACGGAGGGCCUGCAGCUGUAAUAGCUGCAUCUGGUGAGAAAGUAUCAUGAGCUUUGUUUUUGCCAAACUCACUCCUUUUUAGAGAAAAAAAAAAAAAAGACCAGGCGGUCAUUUUUUCUGUUUCCCGUGCAAAACCACAAGGCAAAAGCCCAUUCCCAGUCAGUGACGGGGCUCCUUGUACUUUGAAAUGUGCCUUAAACCUGAAUGUCUGUAGCCAAAAAUUGUUUCCAAAUUAAAGUUGGCCAGCUCUGGAAUGUUCUGGAAAAGUCUU